AUGGUCUCCGCCGUUCUACCCAUCCCUCCCUCCGACGACCUGCGCAGGCCCAGCGUCGUCUCCUCUGCCACCACCUCCUAUUUGACCGCACCCCAGCCGUCAACAUCUCGGUCGUCUUCUAUGCACAAUCUGGGUCCUGCUGCUCCUCGUGAUGCCGACGCGAUGAAUGCUCUGCACGCUCUUGCGCUGGCGUCGACGCAGGAGGUGCACAUCGUCAAGCUCACCAACGACUCUGUCUCUCUCGAGCCAGCACCUGUUGGGGACAAUGUGCUGCACAAAGUCGGUUCUUCUUCCCACCACGCUUCGGGCAGCACCGAUUCGACCGUCGGACCUCCUCCGCCCUCGCCCCCGUCCAGUGUCGAGGGCGACGACGACGACGACAUGAUUCCUCCAGCCGUUGUGGCGACCAAGUCGGAGCCCAUCUCCUCCCGUCCUGUAACGUUUGAGGAUCCCGCACGCGAGCCUCGCCAGUCCUCGAGCGCCCGUACCUCCCCGAACAUCCCCUUCGCUCGUCCACAGAUACGCUCCUCGACAGAAACCAAGGGCUCGCUCACCAUCACCGCCCCGCAGGGCACGCCUUUCCCUUCUUCCCCGCCGUCUCCCACCCACGCUCACACUUCGGCCGACGGCUUCCUACUAGCCCCACCAUUGACGCCGUUGUCUCACAAACGGCGGAAUACAACUGGCUCAAGUUCUCUGUCCUCUGUGAGCACGGCGGUUCCUACACGGACGAAGACAUUGCACACACCAAACCCGGCACACGCGUACUCGUACUCGCAUUCCCCCUCUCAAUCACAUGUGUACGACGGCGAGGAGGUCGCAGCCGCGGAGGGCCUUGAGUCCGAGAUGCAGCAGCAGGCGGCACAGAUCCGGCGAGAGCGCCAGUCGAAGCGGCAGGCGGAGAAGGCGAAGGCGCAACCGCAGGCCGAGGGCAUGCUCACGCGGACGAUGUCCAUCGUCCGUGGGACGACGAGCCGGGGCGACGAAGCACCACUGGUCGGGAACCUGAUCGGCGAGGAGCAUGUGAACUAUGUGCUCAUGUACAACAUGUUGACCGGCAUCCGGACGUCUGUAUCGCGGUGUCAGGCCAAGAUGCGGCGGCCACUGACGGAAGACGAUUAUACUGCGGCGAACAAGUAUUCAUUUGACAUUGUCGGAAACGAGCUCACACCAUCGGCGAAGUACGACUUCAAAUUCAAAGACUACGCGCCAUGGGUAUUUCGGGAACUCCGGGAGCAAUUCUUCUUCCUUGAUCCCGCAGACUACCUCGUCAGCCUGACGUCGAAGUACAUACUCUCCGAGUUGGGCUCACCAGGCAAGUCCGGAUCGUUCUUCUAUUUCUCCCGGGACUAUCGCUUCAUCAUCAAGACGAUCCACUACAACGAGCACAAGUUCCUCCGAGAGAUCCUCCCCCUUUACUAUGACCACCCGGUUCUACGGCCUGCACCGCGUGAAGCUCCCGCGGGGCGUAAGAUCCACUUCGUCAUCAUGAACAAUCUCUUCCCGCCCCACCGCGACAUCCACGAGACGUAUGAUCUGAAGGGCUCGACGGUCGGGCGAGAGUACCCGGAGGACUGGGCGCGCGAGAACCCCCGCGCGACGCUCAAGGACCUCAACUGGAUACACCGGGACAAGACGCUCGAGCUUGGCCCGGAGAAGCGCGCGCUCCUGACAGAGCAGCUCCGGAGGGACUCUGAGUUCCUCAAGCAGCUCGGCGUCAUGGACUACAGUCUGCUCGUUGGCAUCCACAACAUGCGCCGCGGCAACAGGGACAACGUCCGGAGCAACACGUUGAAGGUCUUCUCGCCCGAAAUGCACCACGUUCGGCGGAAACCGACACAAGUGAAGGGCCCCGGCUCGCCCGACGCGAUCGCGAUGCGUCGCAUCAUGCGCGAGUCGGAUCCCAAGCGCCUCGGGAGCGCGACGCUGCGCCUGCCCGAGGAGGACACCACCGGCGACCGCCAGCACUUCCUGUUCUACCAGGACGAGGGCGGCCUGCGCGCGACGAACGACCAGAACGAGAACAUGGACACGAUCUACUACCUCGGCGUCAUCGACAUCCUCACCCCGUACAACACGAAGAAGAAGGUGGAGCACUUCUGGAAGGGCCUGUCGGCGGACAGGCACAAGAUCUCCCCUGUUCCUCCUCAGGAGUACGGUGAUCGCUUCUUCUCGUUCAUGAAGGCUAUCAUGCGCGGCGGCGAGGGUGGGUCCAAGUUCCUCUCGAAGGACAAGGUUGAGUAA